AUGGACGAGGAAAAUUUGGAAAAAUCGUACGAAGUUAAAAAACGGAACAGGACUGUGAUGACUAACAGUCAGGCGAAAGUCCUGAAGAACUAUUUCAACAGAAAUAUGUUUCCGUCGACUGAGGCUCGUGAGGAGCUGGCCAAAAUCCUGGGAAUGAGGCCCCGGACAAUCCAAAUCUGGUUCCAGAAUCAGAGACAGAAAACGAAGAGUAGACAUGGGCUGGAGAGACAGUAUUACGAUGACAAUGCUGUGGACUGCAAGGGACUGCACGCACUUGCAGAGAUAGCAACGGGGCUGUUGGACCGCAACAAGGAUAACUCAAGAAUUCAGAGAUAAAAUGUUUAUAAAUAAAAUAUUUAAUAAUGCG